AUGGCGAAAGGCGGUAAGGGCGCCGGUGAGAACAGCAAGAAGGCCGCAGGCAAUGCGCGCAAGGCCGAGGCCGCGGCCAAGAAGCAGGAGGCCUCCAACAAGGUGAAGGCCGCUGCCGAGGAUGCCGAAUGGGCAAAGGGUUCGAAGAACAACUCCAAGGCUGAAGCUGCGGCAGCCAAGAAGGCUGAGGCCGACCGCAAGAAGGCCGAGAAGGACGCUCUGAUGCGCGAGGAGGAGGCCUCGCUGCCCAGCAAGGGGCCCUCGAAGAACAAGACGGCACAGAAGAAGACGCGCAGUGGUGGUCUCGACGACGCUCUCGGCGCCUUCGAUGCUCCGGCCAAGAAGGGCGCCACCCUCAACGCCUCCGGUAUCGACAACGCGCUCGACGCGCUUUCCCUCGGCACUGGCAAGGGCGACGACAAGGUCGACAGGCACCCGGAGCGUCGCUUCAAGGCGGCAUAUGCGGCGUACGAGGAGCGCAGGCUGGAGGAGCUGAAGGACGACAAGAGCCUUCGCCGCAACCAAAAGAUCGAGAUGAUCUACAAAGAAUUCAAAACGCACCCCGACAACCCAUUCAAUCAAGUCAGCGCCAAGUUCAACUCGACACGCGAAGAGAUUUCAGACAUCAAGGCGGCAGAGAAGAGCAAGGUGGAGAACCGUCUCGCGGAGAAGUCGUGA